AUCACAGAGAUUAAACCAUCUGCUGGAGUAAAAGUCUGCAAAAGAACAUGGAACUAGCUCAGAUCUUCAUCCUGGCGCUGAGCGUCGUGUCCGUGAGGAUGGAUUAUUGCUAUGAUGGUGCCGAUCUGGACAAGAAGGCGCUGAAGAUGAUGAAGAAGUUUCUACAUUCCCCGAACCCGACACCCCCUCCAGACUCUAUACCCACUAGGAACUCUUCCUCUGAAUGCCCGUUGGACCUUUUCAGGCUGGGCGCAUCUGGGUCCAAGGAGAAUCGCUCCCUGUCUCCCUGGACAUACAUAAUAGUAGAAGACCCUGACUACUACCCCCAAGCGUACACCCAGGCUGUGUGCCUUUGCAAGGGCUGCAUCAUGUCCAGAAACGGCGAGGUGAUAGACAACGAAGACUACAACUCAGUUAACGUCACCGCCUCCAGGGUGUUCAUAAAGAGGAUAAAAUGCCAGGAAGGCGGGUACAGGCUGAAGCCGGAGACACGGGAGGUGAACGUGGGAUGCACCUGCGUCAGGCCGGAAGUGUCGGGCUGAACUCCAAUCCCAGCAACCCCUGGAGUUCAUGGCGGCAUCACCUCUACGAGGUUCUGAGGACAUAUUUAUUAUCUAUUUAUUUAUCCAAGCUAUGAUGGAUUGGUCUCUCUUAAAACUAGUGUGAAGCUCUGCAUAGUGCAGCUAAUGGAGGGUAUUAAAUACCUGAUUCUACAACUGAUGAUGUUUCAUCAAAAAAAAGCUAUUGUGUACUUUUAUUAUGUCAUAAUGAUAUUUGUUGGAAUUAUUUAUAUUAUGUGUUUGCAUUGAUUUUCAU